AUGAUUAACUCUACUCUCAACUUUCCCGGUCAUGAGGCAUCAAUGAACUCCACUGCAUCCUUAAAACCAUUGGAUUAUGUGGCAAUAUCUUUGUACAGCCUAAACCUCCUGUUUGGUCUUCCUACACACAUCUAUGUUAUUCAUCUCAUCAUCACAGGAGCGGGAAGUGGAAUUGUGGCAGAGUUUUUAAUGCUUAAUCUCUCUAUUUGUGAAAAUGGGAUCUGUCUGAAUUGUUUGAUCUUUUUACUGUCAAUGUGCUUUCCGAGUCUCUGGACAUUUAACGCAUUUUUAGUAGGAUUUUGCAUCACCGGUCGUCCUCUGUUUCAGUGUCUGAUCUGUGUCGAACGUUACCUGGCUGUGGUUCAUCCUGUAACCUUUCUGAAGUACAAACCUCUCAGAUAUAAAGCCAUCUGUUGCACUGCUGCCUGGAUCAUUUGUCUCGGAUCAUGUUUGUUCUGCAUGUUUACCCUAAUUUCAUAUUAUUUUGUCUAUGUAUGGUUCUUGACAAUUCAGCUUUGUGUCUUCCUCUCCAUUAAGUUGUUUUGCCUUUCGGCUGUUCUCCGAGCUCUGAAGCAGUCAGGACCAGGAGAGAGAGGGAGAGAGAGAGAGGAUGAAAACCACAUGAAGAGAAAAGCGUUUAAUCUCAUUCUCAUAACUACUGUGACCACGGUUAUCUCAUAUGGUCCACUUACUCUCACAGGAUUAUAUAACAUUAGUUCUGAAGCAGUCGACAGAGGUCCCUCAAUACCACCGUCCCUGUCCUUCGGGUCUCCCUUGGAUGACCGGAUGUUUGCCUUGGCAUCAGAGGGGUUCGACUGGGACGCGGGGACUCGUUUAGCCUGGACUGGAAUCACCUUCGCCUGUCGGCUUGCUGACAACUCGUGGCAGCUCGGACACAAUAACACAGUUAGUGCAACUUGGAUACUUCUCACCUCUCUGCUGUUUGCAACUCUGGGUAAGUGCAGCUUUUCCUCAGCUCGCUAUGCGGUGUUUUGGUCGACAAUGCACGGGGCGGCUUACGACAGCUGGCCCGCACCGAAGGGCAACGGCGACGAUUUCCCCAGGGGGCGCCGGGGGCCAAAAACCCUCUCGGCGAAUUCGCUGGUCAGCAGGGGGGUGAACCGUCACACCGUCUCACCGGGCCGAGCGCUGCCCUGUCCUCAAUGCCCGUAG